GAGAUCCACCGCCGACCAUGAGCUGCGUGCGCUGCUGCCUGAUCGGCGCGGGUCGCUUAGCUUCCUCGAACCAUGUCAUCAGUCAUGUGCACAAGAUCGUCAGGGUCGUCGUGGCCAGCAGAGCUCUGACGAUCAGCGGCAGCUUGGGCAAGACCCCGACGGAGCCCACGCCACCCUCCAAAGACACCGUCUCGCCCAGCGGAUCCUCGAGCGGUGGUGGCACCGGUGGCGGGAAGAAAAACACACUCACCUGUCCCAAGUGCGGAGAUCCCUGCACGCACGUCGAGACGUUUGUCUCAUCCACGAGAUUCGUCAAGUGCGAGAAGUGCCAUCAUUUCUUCGUUGUGCUGUCGGAGAUCGACUCGAAGAGGAGUUUGAAGGAGGCGCUCAGGCCGGAGGAUGGCAAGCAAGGAUUCUACAGGAAGCCGCCUCCACCACCGAAGAAGAUAUUUGAGUAUCUGAACAAACACGUUGUGGGCCAGGAAUAUGCGAAGAAGGUGCUGAGUGUUGCCGUCUACAAUCACUACAAGCGAAUUUACAACAAUCUGCCAAUCCAAAACUCGCAGGCGCAAACUAAUGUCAAUCCGGUCAGCACGCAGGAGACAAAUCAUCCCUUCACUCAUAGAGGUCUUCAACACUUACUGCAUAUAUCAGGCAUCGGAAAUCCGUUUCCAGGAGUCGGGUUCCAGCAUACAGUCAAUCCGGGAAGCGAGCAGAAAGCGAGCAGCCAGUCGGCGCCUGGAUCGGCUAUACUGGACAGCAAGCAGCAUCAGUUGAAACUGGAAAAGAGCAACAUACUGCUGCUCGGGCCUACGGGCUCUGGCAAAACGUUGCUCGCGCAAACGAUAGCGCAGUGCCUGGACGUCCCGUUCGCCAUCUGUGAUUGCACCACUCUCACGCAGGCCGGCUACGUCGGCGAGGACAUCGAGAGUGUCAUAGCUAAGCUGCUGCAGGACGCCAACUACGUGGUGGAUCGCGCUCAGAUGGGCAUCGUCUUCUUGGACGAGGUCGACAAGAUAGGCGCUAUCCCCGGUAUCCAUCAGCUGCGCGACGUCGGCGGGGAGGGUGUGCAGCAGGGGAUGCUGAAGAUGUUGGAGGGAACGAUAGUGAACGUACCGGAGAGGAAUAGCUCGAGAAAGUUGCGGGGGGAGAUGCUUCAAGUGGACACUACGAAUAUCCUUUUCGUCGCGUCGGGUGCGUACAGCGGUCUGGACAGGUUGAUAGCGCGACGCAAGUCGGAAAAAUAUCUCGGAUUUGGUGCGACGCCCGCGAUCAAGAACCCGGGCAGGCGGGCGGCGACUUUGGCCGAUGUCGCCAACAUGUCACCUUCCACCGAGAGAGACAACAAGGAGAAGGACAUGCUGUUGCAACAGGUGGAAGCGAGAGAUCUCAUCGACUUCGGCAUGAUACCUGAAUUCGUUGGCAGAUUCCCCGUGCUCGUGCCUUUCCAUACCCUCGACAAGGAGAUGCUAACGAGAAUUCUCACCGAACCGAAAAAUGCCAUCGUACCUCAAUAUCAGAUGUUAUUCUCGAUGGACAAGGUGGAGCUGACGUUUGACGUACAUGCAUUGAAUGCAAUUGCCUCUUUGGCAAUGGCAAAGAAAACGGGAGCGCGGGGUUUGCGAGCUAUAAUGGAAUCGCUGCUUUUGGAGCCUAUGUUCGAAGUACCGGGGAGCGACAUAGUGUCCGUUCACAUUACCGAACAGUGCGUGAAGGGCGUCGAAAAGCCUCAAUAUGUAAAACGAGACGACAGCAAUUACGACGACGUUCAGCAGGCGCAGCAUGUACAUAAUUAACAAAUAAUUAAGGAAUGCGACACUUUGGUAUAACUGUUCCCUUAUCGGUAGAUAAACAAUUUUUUAGACGAAAA